AAAUUUAAAACAAAUUGCUCUCACCGCCAAGGUCACGCAACAACACGCCAGCAAUGAAUCACGACUGCCUUUCGCAAAGCUUCGCCAGGGGCACCACCCUCAAUUUUGAAGUGACAACCCCGAACGAUGGACUCCAACUCGAAGAUUGAUGAUUUUUGGGGGGCGGUUAGGCCAAUUAUUUUCGUCGCACAGCUCUUCACGUUUUUCCCGGUGCAAGGCAUCUUCAGUGGCGACCCCAAACGGAUUCGGUUCCAGUGGGUUAGCCUAAGGACGUUGUACUCUAUGGCGUUUCUAGUGAUGGCUGCCCUGAUAAUAAUUGCUCAGAUAAACCACACAGUUAUGUCUACGGCAAGCACCAGCAUGAUAACUUCUAUACUGUACUAUUUAAUGAACUUCAGUGGAGCAAUUUGUUUCUUUAUAAUUGGGACAAAAUGGCGCACCGUUAUGUUAAAUUGGAGAAUGUAUGAGGAAGUGUUUCUACAUCCCCCUUACCUAAUGAAGGGUCCAAGUUUGAAAAUUAAAAUUCGGCUGAUUGGAGGAGGGAUAUUGCUGUUUGCGUUCGUUGAAGAUUUGAUGCAUAUGCUAUCCUGCUGCCGAACAAUAGAAGUGUACAUAGAGCAUUGUGACAACAGUUCUUCAUUCUGGAAAACCUUCUACACCCGAGAACACUCCAAAACAUUUGAUUACAUUCCCUACAGUUUACCAAUCGCCCUAGCAUUAGAAUUUGUUCACAAGGUUUACUUGUUUGUGUGGACCUUCAUGGAUGUCUUCAUAUCACUGAUCAGCAUAGCACUUGCCAUGCGGUUUGAACAACUGUUUCACAGGAUUGAGCACCUGAAGGGAAAACUUCUGCCGGAAUCUUUCUGGGCAGAAAUUCGACUGGACUACACAAAAAUAUCCAAUUUGGUCAUCUACAUCGAUGGGAUUUUGUCGCCCAUGAUAAUGGUUACCAGUGCGUCCAAUAUUUUCUUCAUCACAUACCAAUUGUACAUGUCUGUUCAACUCGAUGCCUCAACUAUGACUACCUUCUAUUACCGAUUUUCGUUACUGUUUCUGAUUUUGAGAACACUGGUCAUGCUACUGACCUCAUCACACGUCUAUGUAGCAUCUAGGAAGCCUCUGGAUAUACUUCGUUCUGUGCCGAUGAGUUCAUGGACCACGAGCGUCCAACGUUUCACCAAUGAGAUCAUCAACAUCGAAAACACGCUAUCCGGGCAUAAGUUUUUCUUUCUAAGACGAGGAAUAAUUCUGGCGAUGGCUGGUACCAUGAUAACGUACGAGUUGGUGAUGUUGAGUGAAGUUCGACAUACCGAUAACACAAAGUUCUGCGAAGGUGGACACCGUUUGUAUUGACAACAAGUUUGUAAGUGUAUGUUUAUGUGUUGGGUCAAAAU